GUGGGGGCGAGGCAGAUGGGGCUCAAGGCUCGCAGGGCGGCGGGGGCGGCCGGCGGCGGCGGCGGCGAAGGGGGCGGCGGAGGCGGCGGGGCCGCUAACCCAGCCGGAGGGGACUCGGCUGUGGCCGGCGACGAGGAGCGGAAAGUGGGGCUGGCGCCAGGAGACGUGGAGCAAGUCACCUUGGCGCUUGGGGCCGGAGCCGACAAAGACGGGACCCUGCUGUUGGAGGGCGGUGGUCGCGAAGAAGGGCAGCGGAGGACCCCGCAGGGCAUCGGGCUCCUGGCAAAGACACCCCUGAGCCGCCCAGUCAAGAGGAACAACGCCAAGUACAGGCGCAUCCAAACUUUGAUCUAUGACGCCCUGGAGAGACCGCGGGGCUGGGCGCUGCUCUACCACGCGCUUGUGUUCCUGAUUGUCCUGGGAUGCUUGAUUCUGGCCGUGCUCACCACCUUCAAGGAGUACGAGACCGUGUCUGGAGACUGGCUUCUGCUGCUGGAAACAUUUGCUAUUUUCGUCUUUGGAGCUGAGUUUGCCUUGAGGAUCUGGGCUGCCGGGUGUUGCUGUCGAUACAAAGGCUGGCGUGGACGUCUGAAGUUUGCCAGGAAGCCCCUGUGCAUGUUGGACAUCUUCGUGCUGAUUGCCUCUGUGCCAGUGGUUGCCGUGGGAAACCAGGGCAAUGUCCUGGCCACCUCCCUGCGUAGCCUCCGCUUCCUGCAGAUCCUGCGCAUGCUUCGCAUGGACAGGAGGGGCGGCACCUGGAAGCUCCUCGGCUCGGCCAUCUGUGCCCACAGCAAAGAACUCAUCACCGCCUGGUACAUCGGCUUCCUGACACUCAUCCUUUCUUCAUUUCUUGUCUACUUGGUGGAGAAGGAUGUGCCGGAGGUGGACGCACAAGGAGAGGAGAUGAAAGAGGAGUUUGAGACCUACGCAGAUGCUCUGUGGUGGGGCCUGAUCACACUGGCCACCAUUGGCUACGGAGACAAGACACCUAAAACCUGGGAGGGACGGCUGAUUGCUGCCACCUUUUCUUUGAUUGGUGUCUCCUUUUUCGCCCUCCCUGCAGGCAUCCUUGGCUCAGGACUGGCACUCAAGGUACAGGAACAGCACCGUCAGAAGCACUUUGAGAAAAGAAGGAAGCCAGCUGCUGAACUCAUCCAGGCUGCCUGGAGAUAUUAUGCUACCAACCCCAACAGGAUUGACCUGGUGGCAACUUGGAGAUUUUAUGAAUCAGUUGUCUCUUUCCCAUUCUUCAGGAAAGAGCAGCUGGAAGCAGCAGCCAGCCAAAAGCUGGGUCUCUUGGAUCGGGUUCGCCUUUCUAAUCCUCGUGGUAGCAAUACUAAAGGAAAGCUAUUUACCCCUCUGAAUGUAGAUGCCAUAGAAGAAAGCCCUUCUAAAGAGCCAAAGCCCGUUGGCUUAAACAAUAAAGAGCGUUUCCGCACCGCCUUCCGCAUGAAAGCCUACGCUUUCUGGCAGAGUUCCGAAGAUGCUGGGACAGGUGACCCCAUGGCAGAAGACAGGGGUUAUGGGAAUGACUUCCUCAUCGAAGACAUGAUCCCAACCCUAAAGGCUGCCAUCCGAGCUGUCAGAAUUCUACAAUUCCGUCUGUAUAAAAAAAAAUUCAAGGAGACAUUGAGGCCUUAUGAUGUGAAAGAUGUGAUUGAGCAGUAUUCCGCCGGACAUCUUGACAUGCUUUCCAGGAUAAAGUACCUCCAGACAAGAAUAGAUAUGAUUUUUACCCCUGGACCUCCAUCCACUCCAAAACAUAAGAAGUCUCAGAAAGGGUCAGCAUUUACCUACCCAUCCCAGCAGUCUCCAAGGAAUGAACCAUAUGUAGCCAGGGCAGGCACAUCAGAAACUGAAGACCAAAGCAUGAUGGGAAAGUUUGUAAAAGUUGAAAGACAGGUUCAUGACAUGGGGAAGAAGCUGGACUUCCUUGUGGACAUGCAUAUGCAGCAUAUGGAACGCCUGCAUGUGCAUGUGACAGAAUACUGCCCGACUAAGGGGGCCUCCUCCCCAGCAGAAGGAGAGAAGAAGGAGGACAACAGGUAUUCUGAUUUGAAAAACAUCAUCUGCAACUACUCAGAGACAGGCCCCCCCGACCCUCCCUACAGCUUCCACCAGGUGCCCAUCGACAGAGUUGGCCCCUAUGGGUUUUUUGCACAUGACCCUGUGAAUGUGACCCGAGGGGGACCCAGUUCUACAAAGGCUCAGGCCACCCUUCCCUCCUCGGGAAGUACAUAUGCAGAGAGACCCACAGUCUUGCCCAUCUUGACUCUUCUGGACUCAUGUGUGAGCUACCACUCACAGACAGAACUGCAAGGGCCCUAUUCGGACCACAUCUCACCCCGCCAGAGACGCAGCGUCACUAGGGACAGUGACACGCCUCUGUCCCUCAUGUCUGUCAACCACGAGGAACUGGAGCGGUCUCCAAGUGGCUUCAGCAUCUCCCAAGACAGAGAUGAUUAUGUGUUUGGCCCCAGUGGGGGAUCGAGCUGGAUGAGGGAGAAGAGGUACCUGGCUGAGGGGGAAACGGACACAGACACAGACCCCUUCACACCCAGUGGUUCCAUGCCUCUGUCAUCCACCGGGGAUGGUAUUUCUGAUUCCGUAUGGACCCCUUCCAACAAGCCCACUUAGGAGGGGUCACUGGCUGACUCCUGGUACUGUAGACAGACUUUGUACAGCUUACUUACUCUCUCACAUCUAGUGCUUACAGUGGGGACUCCAGUGGCUAUGUCAAGCGCAUGCAUGUGCGCAGUGGCUUCCCCUGCAAGCAGGGGCUUCUCAAGGCCUUCUUCCUCCCCAUGUCACUGCAACAAAGUCGCUUCCUUUUCAGCAUGGUUUGCAUGACUUGACACUAUAUAAAAGGCACUGUUAAUCUCUUCUAGAUACACAUUUAUCUGCUCUCCUUACUUUUAAUGGUGAUUGAACAAGUACAGGGAGACUUAUUGAUGAGCUGUGCUGUUUGUUUGGUUGGCUGGUUUGGGUUUUGAUUUGGAUAAACUGAGAACAUAGUUUACAUUAUUUCUAGGCUCACUUCCCUUUUGUGUAAAAUGCUCCAGUUAAUUAGCUAUUUUAUAAGGCAAGGAGAUCAUUUUCUCAACCAAAAACAUAACUGCAUUACAGUGAGGCUCUCUACUGAGCAAACAGGAGAACUGGAAUAAGAUAGUCAAUCAAACCCUAAAGCCAAGAUUUUUUAAAAAAUUAUUUCACAAAAGGAAGGCUGGCAAAAGUAUUUAAAAUCUCCGAAGAGGACUUGGUCUACCAUUGUUCAGUACUGUGCCUCAGUUUCCUCACCUAUAAGAUGCUGGUGAUCCAAAAUAUAACAUCACAUGUGUUAUGGAUUGGUGAGGAGAAAUCUUACACACACACACAUACCACAGACACAUAAAAAUAGUUCCCAAUUUAUGUAGCCAAAGAUAUUGAAAUUUACCAGAAGUGGAAUGCCCCUCUAGGCAGGAGCUAAAUUCGGUGACUUCAAAAUGAAAUUCCAACUCAUUCUUCUGCCUUGCCUGUACUUGAAUCCAGAGUGGAACUUAGAAUCAAAGGCAAUUAUUUGUACAUGUCCUCUAUUUAAGAGUGAAAAGUUCUGGCUACAAGUCCAGUGACAUACCUUGAGAGACUUCAUUGUCUUAUGGAGAGUAAGUACUUCAAACCUCCACCUAAAUACUCACUCCUUGCCUC